AUGGCCAACAGUCCCCCUCUCCCCAUCGAGGUCGUAGAGCUCAUCCUUUCAUACUACCUCGCAAAUUCGUCACAACCAGUUAUUAACUCCAGAAAUAGUGUUGACUCACCAUCAAUCGAACCCUCACUGCUAUUAGAACUUCUCAAUUUUCGUUUUAUCGCUCGAUCAUGGUCACUUGCGGUUUUACCACAUGCCUAUCAGAAUAUCCGCUUUGCGCCUCCCUCUAUAAUCCCGUCUUUCGUCGACAGUUGGAAACUCUCUGCCACCGUUUCUACUGGAGCAUCCAUACGCCGCCUUGCCUUUGAGAAAGUCGUAUCCCCUGACCUGUGCUCUAGCGUGGCUUGCGAGUGGUUUGGAAUUUCUAUAAAUCAAAUGAAUCGUGCCAAUUUCGAUCGCGCGCACCCCAGAAACCGAAGAAUCUUGAUCGAUGACGUCAAGCGAGUUUUAGAUUUAUGCUCCCUCACUCUUACCCACUUGAAACUUCAAUUCCUUUCCGCCGUCAGUUUUCCGCCCAAAUUCAUCAGCACUAUCGCAGGUACUGUCAAUUUGCAAGUUUUGAUCCUGACCGGCAAUCCCUACGGGCAUCAAAUUGAUCACACCGAGUCAAUACGAGACCUACUGAACAGUACUAGCCGUCUAUCUUCGUUAUCACUCAGGGUCUCUUUUUUAAGGCCUUUGAAUUUGGAUCAGACUUCACUGCCACAUCUGGAACACCUCUCAGUAACAUGCAACAGGAAUAAUUCAGCCGCGCUCAAACAAUUAUGCGAGCGCCAAGGUAGAGGCAUUAAGCAUUUGGAGGCCUUUGUACAUGCAGAUCGCGACGCUAUUAUUCCAAUUGUCUUAGCUUUAAGAUCCUCACUUGAGAGUUUAGCGAUCGAAUCUAUCCCUGGUCAUCUCCCUUUCGCUAUCCGGACUGAGAAUUUUCCGAAACUCAAAGUUAUUCGUACCGUGGAUACACUUCAUACCCGAAGAGGCCUCUCUUGGCUCCAAUUUGGGAUUUGUCAUAACAUGGAGACAUUCGUAACCAGUUAUUACCAUUCGGCUGAUCAUUGGCGCAAGGGGCUCGAGGCGCUUGAGGGGAGAUUGCUUAACAAACCUGCUACUUUCAAGAAGAUCGUCUUUGUUAAAACCAACUCGGACAUAGUCGACAGCGAAGCCGCCUCCUUAUCCGAUUUGUUGAAGUACCAUGGGAUACAUUGUGACUUCACGUCCCGGUGGAACUAUGCUGACUUGACUAACUUAACCACCGUACCCCUCGCUCAAACGACUGCGUCUGAAGUCCCGCCGCCUGUCCCCGAGAUUGAUUGCCGACAAUUACCUUCGCUGAGUAAACAUCCAGCGUUUGGUGAUAGAAUUACCCUUACAAUCGCAACCAUGCGACUGCCUCCUUCCCUGCCUACUUUACAUAUCCAAUUCAAGCUUCCAAUUUGUCUAGCUACGGUCGAAAUCAGCAUCAAAUUUCAAUGCACUAUUAUAUUUAAAAACAUUUCAAGCUCCUCACUUUUCACUGUCCGCCAAUAUAGAAUGUCAGUGACAAACCUCCACUUUGGCAAGGCAUUCUCCCUAUGCGAUCUCAUUCCAAAGGUACAAUUUUUCUCGGCUCUGCCGGUGCUAUUUCUUGCCUACGGUCUUGGCAAAUCAGAUAGUUUAUUGUUCCAGAAUCCCUAA